ACGUUUACCUCCCCCCCCCCUCCCUAGCUGAUGCCUGCUCGUCGCUAGCGGCGGAUUUUAACAUCUCGUUUUAUUUUGGAAGAAUCAAUGUUGAAGUCCAAAGUCUUCGUGAAGAAGACGAGGUCGGGAGGAGUGCUGAAGAUCGUCCGUGAGCACUACCUGCGGGACGACAUCGUGUGCGGCUGGCAGCCGUGCGAGGAGUGCGAGGCUCUGGCCCAGGACCAGGACCAGGACCAGGCCCCUGACCGGGCCCACCUCAACGACGAGCCCCUCAGCAGCAGCGAGCUCUGCCCGCAACCCCACUUCGUUCUGCCCGACACCAACGUGGUACUUCACCAGAUUGAUAUCCUUGAAGAUCCUGCGAUUCAGAAUGUGAUAAUUCUGCAGACAGUGUUGCAAGAAGUCAGACAUCGAAGUGCUCCAGUAUACAAAAGAAUCAAGGAUGUAAUUCACAACCCUGAUAAGCAUUUUUACACUUUCACAAAUGAACAUCACAAAGAUACCUACAUAGAACAAGAACAAGGUGAAGGAGCAAAUGACAGAAAUGAUCGAGCAAUACGAGUAGCAGUGAAAUGGUAUAAUGAGCAUCUGAAAAAGUCACAAAACAGCGAUGUGCACAUUCAGGUUAUCUUAAUGACAAAUGACAGAAAGAAUAAAGAGCGUGCUGUUGAAGAUGGCCUGACUGCAUUUACUUGUGAUGAAUAUAUCAAAAGUUUGGCUGGAAAUCCUGAACUAAUUGAUAGACUGGCUUGCAUUUCUGAUGCUACUAAAGAAAUAGAGAGCAGUAAGCUGAUUUUUACAGAACAUUUGGCUCUGUCCAAAAUACAACAAGGUUUGAAGUCUAAUUCUUACCUCCAAGGAACCUUUCGAGCCAACAGAGACAAUUAUCUGGAAGCUACAGUCUGGGUCCAUGGUGAAGAAGGAAAAAGCAAAGAGAUCCUUAUUCAGGGGCUGAAGCAUCUAAAUCGUGCUGUUCAUGAAGAUACAGUAGCCGUAGAAUUGCUGCCCAAAGAAAUGUGGAUUGCACCAUCAGCAGUUGUACUUCAAGAUGAAGGACAAGUUGAAGAAGAUGGAGAGGAUGAGCAAGAACGACUUAUGAAGAAUGCUACAACUAAGAAUUUUUCAAAGCCAACGGGUAGAGUUGUUGGGAUAAUUAAAAGGAACUGGAGACCAUUCUGUGGCAUGAUUUCAAAGUCAUUAAUUAAAGAGUCAACAAGGCAUUUGUUCACACCGGCAGACCGCAGGAUCCCUAGGAUUCGAAUAGAAACGCGACAGGCCGAGACACUUGAGAAGCAGAGAAUAAUUGUUGUAAUUGAUGGUUGGCCAAGAAAUUCUCGCUAUCCCAAUGGCCACUUUGUCAGAAGUCUUGGGAUCGCUGGCAGUAAAGAAACGGAAACUGAAGUUCUUCUGUUGGAGCAUGAUGUCCCCCAUCUGCCUUUCUCACAGGCUGUUCUUAGUUUUCUACCUAAGAUGCCUUGGGAAAUCACAGAACAGGAUUUGAAGGAACGGUUGGAUCUAAGGCAUCUCCAUAUCUGCAGUGUGGAUCCUCCUGGAUGUACUGAUAUUGAUGAUGCUCUACACUGUAGAGAAUUAGAGAAUGGAAAUCUAGAGGUCGGGGUACAUAUAGCAGAUGUGAGCCAUUUCAUUCGCCCAGGAAAUGCACUGGAUCAAGAGUCAGCAAAUCGGGGAACUACCGUUUAUCUUUGUGACAAGAGAAUUGACAUGGUUCCAGAACUGCUCAGCUCGAAUCUUUGUUCUUUAAGAUCCAACGUGGAUAGGUUUGCAUUUUCUUGCAUUUGGGAAAUGACACACAAUGCUGAAAUCCUACGUACUACGUUUACAAAAAGUGUAAUUGAUUCUAAGGCGUCACUUACAUAUGUUGAAGCACAGAUGAGAAUUGAUGAUGAAAACAUGAUUGAUGAGGUAACAAAAGGACUUCGACGCUUAAAUAAACUAGCAAAAAUUCUGAAAAAGCAAAGGAUUGACAAAGGUGCUCUCACGUUAUCUUCUCCAGAAGUUCGAUUUCAUAUAGACAGUGAGACUCAUGAUCCUAUUGAUCUGCAAACCAAAGAAUUAAAAGAAACCAAUUCAAUGGUAGAGGAGUUCAUGUUGCUGGCAAAUAUCUCAGUUGCACAGAAAAUUUAUGAAGAAUUUUCAGAAUGUGCACUCCUCAGAAAGCAUCCAGCACCUCCUCCAUCUAACUACGACAUCCUUGUUAAAGCAGCAAGUUCCAAAAAUUUAAUCAUCCAGACAGAUUCAGCAAAGGCUCUGGCACAGUCUUUGGAUCAAGCAGAGGUUCCAGGAUCCCCAUAUUUGAACACACUCCUGCGAAUCCUGACCACGCGUUGUAUGAUGCAGGCUGUGUACUUUUGCUCAGGAAUGGACACCGACUUUCACCAUUUUGGUCUGGCUUCACCCAUCUACACUCACUUUACAUCACCAAUCAGAAGGUAUUCAGAUAUAAUAGUACAUCGCCUCUUAGCUGUGGCAAUCGAUGCUGACUCCACCUAUCCAGAUAUCAUGGAUAAACACAAACAACAAGCUUUGUGUAAUAACCUCAAUUAUCGGCAUAAAAUGGCACAAUAUUCCCAGCGAGCUUCUGUGGCAUGCCACACCCAGUUAUUCUUUAAACACAAAGGAAUUGUUGAUGAAAUUGGUUACAUUCUUUUUGUGAAAAAGAAUGCUAUUGUGGUGCUCAUUCCGAAGUUUGGGUUGGAGGGAACAGUUUUCUUUGAAGAGAAAGGCAAGCAAUCCCUAAAGAUGCAGUACAAUGAAGAGAUUCCAUCUAUAACAGUGGAAGGGACAUUAUUCAAAAUGUUUGACAAGGUAACUGUGACAAUCACAUUGGAUUCAUCAAAUAUGCAGCACCAGAAAAUCAGAAUGGGAUUGGUUGAUCCAGUGAUUCCUGGAGUCAGCAUCCCAAGAUCUACUCCACAGCAAAGCAAAGCCAAUGAAGAACCUAAAGUGAAGAAAGCCAGGCAUAUCUAGGAAGGUUAUUUAUUGGAAUACCGAUUGGCCUUUGCCUACUUCCGAUGUAUGAGGGAAGUCAUUUGGAGGAUCUUUUUGUAUUUACAUGUAUUCUUUUGAAUAAACUUUUAUACACACUGUU